GUGUCAGAAGCGUCAGUGAAGCGAGUUCGACUUCAAAUUAGGUGGAAACAGAUGUUCGUCAAUUAACUUUUCCUUAGUAAUAUUGUAGCACUAGCCAUGCCAAUGGUUCUGCACACUAAGAAUCAAAGGUUGUGAAGUCUGUUGAAACAGAAGGUCACAGUAGGAAUGUAAUACCAAGACUUUACUUUGCUUUGCCCUUUAAGUGAUCUAUCUUUUACCAGAACCAUAUAAAAAAACAAACCUAUUACGUGUUAAUAGUUUACUGCACUGAAAACCAUGUAUAAAACAACAUUGUUGAUCACACUGAUUCUUGCAACAAGAGUUAUGAAGAGCAGCUCAGAAAUGUCCACCAAGCAGGAUUGGCGUCCGAAGGUCCUAGUGACCAACAAGGAAACUCCGGCGAAAGGUGUCAACCUACUGAAGGAAAAGUGUGACGUCAUAUUUCCGGAAAAUGUGCCGGCUACAAGGGAAGAGAUCCUGAAGCUCAUUCCGGGAGUAGACGGAAUCAUGUGGGUAGGUCACCAUGCUCUCAACGGUGAGGUCCUGGACAUCGGCGCUCCAAAGUUGCGAGCCAUUUCAACCAUGUCGGCCGGAAUGGAUUACGUGGAUCUCGAGGAGUUCAAGCGACGCGACUUUCCACUCGGUUAUACACCCAGUGUCCUAAGCGAUGCCGUAGCCGAUGAAGCGAUCGGUUUGAUGAUUGCGGCUGGCAGACGAUUUCACGAGGGUAGAUUAAAAAUCGACAACUCCCAGUGGUAUAUUGGUCCGCAGUGGAUGCUGGGAAAAGACAUUAGGGCCAGCACGGUCGGUAUUAUUGGAUUGGGAGAAAUUGGACAGGCUAUUGCAAAACGGUUGAAAGGAUUCGAUGUGGGGCAGCUUCUAUAUAGCGGAAGAAAGCCUAAACCCGAAGGAAAUAAACUCGGAGCAAAAUUUGUAGCGCAAGAUGAACUUUUGAAAGAAAGUGACUAUGUGUUCCUGGCCGUUCCACUUAACAAUAGCACUCGGCAUUUAAUAAACGCAACCACUUUGAAACAGAUGAAACAAACUGCGGUUCUGAUCAAUAUUGCGCGUGGUGAAAUCGUGGAUCAAGAUGCGUUGGUUGAUGCAUUGAAAAAUGGAACUAUUUUUGCUGCCGGACUAGAUGUGAUGACUCCGGAACCAUUGCCCGCCGAUAGCGAACUUUUGAAGCUGCCAAAUGCUGUGAUUGUUCCACAUUUGGGAUCGGCCACUACGAGAACCCGUGAUGACAUGUCAGCACUUGCUGCCCACAAUAUACUGGCCGGCAUGGAAGGAUCUCCGAUGUUGUCGCCAUAUCCUUAUUAGCAGAGCUUUAGCAAAAAAUCAUCAUUUAUUCAGUAUGGCGUUAAUAUAUGCGCCAGACGUUCCAUCACACGAUAUUCCAAUUGAAAUACAGUCCACAGAAAACAAUAAAAAUGCAAUAUAACGUUUAAAA